CUAAAACUUGUUUGAGGUUAUAAAAACAUAUUGUCUGGUGUAAACAUUGCAAUACACAGAUUAUUUUUCAUUAUUUAUUACAGAAAAUACUACAUUUUCUAUUUAUUUUUAUAUCUAUAGUAACAAUGAACGGAUUAGGUUUAAGAAUCAAUCGUGGCGGAGGUGGAAAAUCUAAGAAUUCAAUUGCAUUUUCGCCUAUUCAGAUUCCACAUACGUUAUUUGAAAAUGCAGCUGAAUCAACUGAAGAAAUUCAGGCAUUUAUGGAAUCAACGAGUACGGACGACCAAUUAGUAAUAUUAAAAAAUAUAAUAGAAGCAAGCAAGGAAGGAUUUGAUAAUGUUGUGUUAAAGUUUUUGGUUGCCAUUUUUUUCCAUGCUGAGGCUAAACAUCCUAUAAAGUGUUUUAUAUCAAGGCACAUAAUUAAAAAUGGCAGGUUACAGCAACCAUUUUCUGAUGAGCUGGCUUCUCAGGUGCUUUCACACAUAUCGGAGAACCCAUCAGACUACAAGCAGUGUGUGGACACUGUGGGCAAGCUGAUGUUGAGCAUUGAGAACUUUCCGCCCGGUGUAGUGGCUCUGCGGAGUGUGGACGUCACUCUAGCAGAGUACUUGAAACAUUGCUUGCAGUGCUGUGUUACUACUCUCAGAGAGCAGAACACAUUAUCCCCAACAGAAAAGAACGAAAUAUUCAACCUGUGUCAUCUGACAUUGCGAUUACUUCUACAUAGCAUUCAGAAGAGUACAGAUGAUAGUUUAAGUAAAUUGAUCCUUAUGUUCGACGACAUAAGGUUGAAUAUCCAUGAGCUGAUGUAUGACGAUGAUGUUCCUAUGGACACAAAGUCGGUUGGUGGGAUAUUGUACUUGACCAUGCAUGUUACGGAGAAAGGAACUGACAGUUGGAUACAAGUACUAAACUCGAGCAGUGCAAGCAGUGACCUGAGCAAGCUGAUGGAGUUGGAAGCAGGUCGGCUGAGCCUGUACUCCGCCGUGCCCACCGUGGUACUGGCUGACCAACUCCUCACUCGGAGCGCGGAUGAUGGAGUCGCUAUCCUUGUACUUACUGACAGGAUACUCGAGAUUGGGGAAAGUUCCUCAGAGUCAGCCAUCAUCCUGGGCGUGGCCCGUACCCUGCUGCAAAUCAGCAAGCUCCUAUUACAGCUACCCAACAGUCAUGAAAGUGGCGACAAACGCGAUAGUGACGACAGUGGCGACAAUGUGGUGGGGCUAUCCCUAGUGGAGUCCCUGCUUCGGUUCGCGUGGGGCCACCUGGAGCACCACAUGGACAGCGUCAGGCACCUCACCGCGCAGAUGUUGGGCGCCGUCGUCAAGUACUGCGCCUAUAUGGACGCCAAACGCUGUGGAGCAGCCCUGUCGGCCCUGUGUACCGCCAUGUCCCGCCUGGACCGUACCCGCAAGAGUUACUACGUGUGCGCGUGGAGCGCGGCGCUGCAGCUGGCGCCGGCCGCGCUGCUACACCUGCUGCCGCCCCAACCACUCGUCGCCGCGCUCAGGGACUCCGCGCUAAGGAACACGGCGAGCACAGCUCUAGAGGCGAUGUUAGACAAGUUGUGUUCGGAGUGCGACACUGCACUAAUAAGCACGGAGUUAGUGCAGCCGUGCUUGCUCGCUGCACGGACCAGUGAAGACGCGGGGGAACUCGCCGUGCUGGAGAAACUACUCGUGCGGGCAUGUACCAAGCGGGAACAGUUGCUGCAGGACUUGCUAUCGUACAUCAAGUCUGCUCGUGCAGCGGCGUCUGCGCAGGAACUCAAGUGUGUGCUCAUGUUGGUGCGGGUGGCGCGGGGGCUGGGCGCCGCGGGGGCCGAGCCCCGCGAGACGGGGGCAGAGCCCCACACGUGGCGGGGACUCAUCAGCUACGAUUUACUCAAGCGGGCUGCUGUAGACGCCGUGGAUGAGACGCGCAUCCUGUCCCUGUCGGUGGUGUCGCAGUGCCCCCGCAGCACGGAGCCCCUGCGGGCCGGGGAACUGCAGCAUGUACUGUACUUCCUGCGGUACAACUGUAAUGUACAGCAACCCAACUUCAGGCAACUCAUACUCUCCAAUAUGAUCAAGGUCAUAAAACGCCUAGAAGACAGCUACAAGGUACUUCGGCGCCAGAUGCACGUGGAAGGUGUAUCCGCGGAGGUGGCCAACUACUUGCAGUUCGCGGAGGAGCUGCGGCGACAAUGUUUCGCCAGUCUCGUCCCGGGUGCCAACUACAGUCGCCGGUUCGUGGCGCUGCAGGUACUGGCGUGGUGCGAGCAGAUCUCCUUGGAAGGAUACCACAAGAGCUGGGAGGCGGAGUACGUGGAGAAGCUCCUGCUGCACCUGGAGGACAGCUACGAGAACAACAAGGGACUCGCACUCGACGUCCUCGGCAGCUGUCCCAAGGAACUACUCACGAGGAAAGACUACUCUAUCAGCUUGGACUUAGAGGACAUAAUCCGCCAAGCGUCGUCGCUGAAGCCGACAGACUGCGUGUCGGCUGGUUACAAGCUGGAACUGCUGAGGACCCGCCUGCCUGGGGCCAUACUGCAGGGGGAACACAGUGCGUGCGCAGUAAUAUUCCACCUGUCGCGGGUCCUGCUGGGCCGUGCGCGUGCGCAGCUGAGUGAGUGCGCGCGCAGCAUCGUGCGCGGCGCGGCCCGCGCGCCCAUGUACGGCCUGCUGCACUGCAUCAAGUCCGUGCUGGUCAAAGUCGACCCUGAGGCGAUAUCUCAGGACGAGCAAUGGACGGCUUUGAUAGCGGAAAUAAUUGACACGUGCAUGGAAGUGAACGCGGCCGUGGCGUGCGUCGUCAACAACUCCUCGCCCGAGGGACAUCUGCCCAUGGACAUGACCGUGCAGAUCUCUGACCAUGGGAACUCUGGUAACGUGACCCUGGAGGACGGGCGGCAGGUGACGGCGCAGAUGGUGCUGCUCUGCGCCUGGCGGUCGGUUAAAGAGGUGUCGCUACUACUGGGCGAGAUAUGCGCGCGACUUACUAUCCGGGAAGAGUGUGCGUCAGGCGCGGGGUCGGUGACCGCGGAGCAGUUGCGGACUGUGGGGGAGCACUACACGGCGCUGCUGGGGGACACGCAGCACCGCGGGGCCUUCGAGCAGGCCUACGUCGGGUUCACCAUGCUACUCGACAGACUGUGGCGCUGCCGGGCUGCGGCGCUGCACGGUCUGCCGCGGCGCUGGCUGCAGCGCCUGCUGGGCUCCAUGGCCGCCGCCACCACGCCGCCCACCAGGAGGAGCGCUGGGAUACCCUUCAUCAUACAGGCGCUGGUGACGACGGAGGUGGCGGUGCAGGAGCACGACGCCUGGCUGCACCACGUGCUGCGGCAGCUGCUGCAGCUGGUGGGCGGGUCCUGUCCCGCGGGCCGCACGCACGCGCUGCACGUGCUGCGCGCGCUGGUCCGGCACGCGGCGCUGGGCGCGCGCGCCGCGCCGCUGCUGCAGGACGUGCUCUGCGCCGCGCUGCGGGCCUUCGACGCGCGCUCCUGGCCCGAGCGUAACUCGUCGACCCUGUUACUGAGUGCACUGGUGCAGCGAGUGUUCGGCGUGCAGCGGACCACGAUGACCGGACGGAUCUUCUUCCUGCGCUACCCACAGGUCUACGACUUCAUGCUGGAGAAGCUGCAGGAGGCGUCGAGUGCGGCGGACAGUACAGUGGUGCGGCCCUCCCUGUACCCCGUGCUACUGCUGCUGGCCCGCCUCUACCCGUCCUCGCUCGAGGGGACCGUCUCCAACCUUAAGUUGGUGGCGUUCGUCCCGCACGUGAUGUCGUGCGCCGGUAGCUCGGUGCUCAAGACGCGCCAGUUGGCCGCCAAGGCCAUCGUGCCGCUCAUAUCGCCCGACAUGUACAUCCCGCACCUAGAGUCCACCCUAGAGCUGGUGCAGCACGAGCAGACGAAGGCCAACCACCUGCACGGACUACUGCUGCAGCUCGGGCGCCUGCUGCAGGCCGGGGCCCGCGCCGGGGGCCUGGCCCACUGGCACUGGGCCCCGCGCCUGCGGCCCGCACUGCGACAUCUACGGGGCCCCUGCUACCCCGUCGCAGACGAACUCAUCAAAGUCAUCAAUUUACUCGUCUUGAGGUCCCCGACUGCACCAGAAGACAUUAUAAAUGAAAUCUGUUCACAUCUUCACACGCUGAUAUUUGACACGCUGCCGACGGCUAUCAGUGCAGGUCGGGAUGUGUGCCUGGCGAAUGCUUUGUACCUGUACCUCAUAUUGGCGACCCGGUACCACGUCGCAGACCAGAGCACCCUGGUGCAUAGAGCAUUACAGCACAAAUCCUACGAAGUCAUACUCACGGCUCUAAACUACCUCCUCAUACUUCAUAAACAGUUGGAACCCGACAAUAACAUGUUCCAUGAACAUCUUGUAUCAAUAGCUGACCCAUCCACUCUGAAAGAAAUCAAAAAUAAGGACUACAUCCAACUACUGUGUGAUGUUCUGAAGAGCCACUACAUGGAGUGUCGAGAAAAAAGUUUGAAGAUCUUAGUACUUGAGGGGAACACACAGCGCGAUAUCAUAGAGACCAAAUACCAAACAGGGGUUACUGUGACUGAUGAUAUGGUCAUAGAGAAGUUGAUUGACUGCAUUCAGACAGAGUAUGAAACCCUGACUCACGUGUACUUGCAAAGUCUGGUAAACUUUGUGUCGGAGAGAAUACAGGCAGGGAGUAUAUGUAGCCGUGUGGUGCUGGACGUGGUGCGCACUGUGUACGAGUGCAGCUCUGCCGAGAACUGCGAGAGCACUAGGAAGGUAGCCGUCAGCUUCAUAGAGAGGAACUACCAACUGUUCAAGAUGGAUACCAGGCAACUGACUGCGGCUGAACAAUUUGAGCUGCAGGCGACAUUAUGGGCGAGUAUAAUAACGUUGCUGGAAGAUGACGAGGAGGUGAUCCGGCAGCGCGUGUCGGGCGUAGUGUCGGCGGAGCAGCGCGUGACCCCGAGCCGUGCGGCGCGCGUGGUACUGGGCGCGGUGCGCGCGGCCGGCGCCUCCCUGCUGGCGCUCGUCGCGCUGCUGGACUUCCAGUCCGUCGUCGUCGUGGCAGAUGACGUCAGCGAUGAGUGUCGAGUGUUCGACCAGAACGAGAGGUACAAUAUAUUCCUAGAAGAAAGUAUAUGGACAAUAGCGUGCGCUGAUAUCCUGGUAAAUGAACAUAAAGUAAAUAAUUCCAAGCUGCUGGAAAUCAUAAGCAGGCCAGAGUAUGAAGGAACUUUCCAGAAACUGUGCAAGGACAACGUGGAAAUGUACAAGAAAAUGGCCACAGGACACAAGCUACCACGAAGCGAGGCGCUCAACCCUAAGAUACAAUUACUAGUUGAUAAGUUACGUGAUACUGCCACGUAAUAAUUGUAUUGUGUUAGAAAAAUGUUAGAUAAUAUUUAUAUCGAUACCUUAAUUGGCAAACCAGCCAACUCCACAUUUGGUCAGUUAUUUUUUUUUUUUGUUUACAUAGUAUGAAACAAAAAAUAUGAUAGAAUUUUAAGUGUCUCCUGAAAAAUUUGCUCAUAAGGAGUUAGCUGGUUUGUCAAUUAUGUAAAAAAAUUGUAAAUAUGUACAGUAUGUACACAUAUCCUACCUAUUGCGCUGCAAUAAUUUACAUUAAGGAGAUAUUCCGUAAGAGCUGAAACUGUCCACAGCUGAAGAGCCUUUUAAUCACGAACGUUAGUGUUCCGUUACAAGUACAAGUAAUUUAAGAUAAAUACAGCAUUAAGAGAGCCCCUAAGUUUUUUUACAGUUACUUAAAGGAUAAGCGUUGCAGCACAGUUGAGAUUCCGCAAACCAUGGUAUUAAAUGACAUAAGUGUUUCCAAUGGAACAGACACAUGCAACUUAUUUGCAUCGUAUUUCUCUUCCACUUAUAUUAAACCAUCAGAUCAUAUCAUAACACCAACUGCUUAUCCAUCAAACAUUAAUUGUAUUGGCAACAUAUAUAUCAGUCAUGAAAAUAUCCUAAAAUAUUUAAAGGGACUCGACACUCACAAAGGUGCCGGACCCGACGCAAUUCCACCAUACUUUGUAUCAAAGUGCGCCAUGUCUUUAAGUCUUCCUUUGUUUAUCAUUAUAAAUAAAUCCAUGACAACGGGUAUAUUCCCGACUGCUUGGAAAGUUGCUAAAGUGGUGCCCAUUUUCAAGAGUGGUAACAAAGAAAUAAUUUCUAAUUAUAGGCCUAUAUCAAUUCUGUCCGUUUUCGCUAAGUCUUUUGAAGCUCUUAUCUAUCCUUAUUUGAAGAGUCAUUCCAGUCAAUUGUUUAUUGAUGAACAGCACGGUUUUAUUAGUUCUCAGCUACUGGUUGUCUAAAUAAAUAAAUAGGUAUUUAGUUAGCGUAAAAAAUGUUAUUUAAAAUAUCUAUUUUUAAAAUACUUUCAUGAUAUCUAUACAGGACAUUUUAAAAUGGGACAAAAAGUUAAUAAAAUAUAAUGAUACUGACA